AUGCCCAUCCGCGGCGCGAUAGCUGUCACCGAAUCAAAUCUUACUAAUAUCACGUCCAAAAUUCAGAUACGAGAAGCAGUAAAAAUCGGUAUCAUGUCUCCCAAAGAUUAUGCUCAGGAGGAGCACUCUCUCCAGCACCCCACAUAUCCAAGCAAUUGUCUGGAGUUCUUGAAUACAGGUUACAGAGAAACAACGCUUCAGACAGCUCGCUUGCGUUUGAAUAUCACCAUUGUGGGCGCCGGACUGGGUGGUUUGGCGACUGCUAUUGCGCUCGCCAGUUCGGGACAUACCGUGACGGUAUACGAGCAAGCAGCGGCACUGGGUGAAGUUGGUGCAGGUAUACAAAUCCCGUCGAACUCGACCCGUCUACUAAACCGACUAGGCCUGGAGCCUUAUCUGGCGAAAUAUAUCACAGAGCCUGAAUCCAUCUCCUUCCGCCGCUGGGAGACUGGCGAUGUGAUCGGACUUACGAAGCUGAUUCCCAAUUUCCGGGCUCUUUUUGGAGCCCGAUACUAUGUGAUUCAUCGGGCGAAUUUCCACUCUGCUCUUCAUGAGCGUGCUAUGGAUCUUGGUGUCACUAUCAAGCUUGGAUCCCGAGUGACGGCAUAUGAUACCGAAAAUGGAACAAUCAGUCUUGAGAGUGGGCAGGUGUCUCCUCCCAGUGACUUGGUCGUUGCUGCAGAUGGAGUCAAAUCCGUCGCUCGCCAACUCAUUGAUAAAUCUGGACUUCAGCCUUUUACGAGGACCGGAUUCGCAGCCUACCGAGCCACCGUCGACGUUUCACUCAUAAAGCAAGAUCCCCAAACCGCAUGGUUAUUAGAGCGACCAGCAUUGAAUAUUUGGAUCGGUGACCAGAGACAUGUGAUGACAUACACCAUCGGAGCGGGCAAGUCUUUCAACAUGGUGCUUUCGCACCCAGAUGCUUCAGACCCGACAACAUGGGACCAAACGGAAGCCACGACUGAGAUGAAGCGAGAAUUCGAGGGAUGGGAUCCAAGACUCACCAAAAUCAUUGGAAUGAUCCAAAAUACCAUUAAAUGGCCUCUUGUGAGUGGAAAUCCUCUGUCGCAGUGGACAGCAGGCAAAGUCAUUAUUCUGGGUGAUGCAGCCCACGCCAUGCUUCCGUACAUGUCGCAAGGUGCUGCAAUGGCAGUCGAGGAUGGAGUAGCUCUUGCACGCUCCCUGACAAAAAUCACCAAUUCUAGUGAAAUCAACAAAGCUCUUGGCAUUUUCGAAAAGGUGCGUAUCGACAGAGCUGGUAAGAUGCAGGAAGCUAGUUUGUUAAAUGGGAAGCUUUGGCAUUUUGCAGAUGGACCAGUUCAGAAAGCUCGUGAUGCUGCUAUGAUGCCUGAGACUCGGGGUGAGCCAUUCAGCCAUAGCCCUAACCAGUGGAGUGAUCCUGCGACGCAGAUGUGGUCCUAUGCAUACGAUGCGGAUGUGGAAAUUGACCAGGCUUGGGCGAACGACGCUCCUAGCAAGAGCCAUUUGUAA